AUGAAAGACACGACAAAGGGUAAUUGUAUGCCCCACAAUUUGAUACAGUGCAGCAAACAGCUUCUGCUGAAAUACAAAGACAAUCAGACCAGCGCAAGUCUAUGCGGAGGUCCUGUGUUAUUGGAGCGGUCCCUUUCUGUGAGGAAUCAGCCUGACUGCUCAAAGAUGCUGGACGGUAUCAAGAUCGAAGAUCACCUAAGAUCUGGCUCGGCUGCUUUGGGGGUUAUGCUCGGGACAGAGUGCCACCAUCAGUCUGUGUGCGAGGGAUGCCAGAGGCCCAUAUCCGACAGAUUUCUGAUGCGAGUGAACGAAUCCUCGUGGCACGAGGAGUGUUUGCAGUGCACCGUGUGUCAACAGCCGCUCACCACGAGCUGCUACUUGCGCGAUAGGAAAUUAUACUGCAAGCUGGACUACCAACAGCUGUUCGCAGCCAAGUGCAGCGGCUGCCUGGAGAGGAUCGCGCCCACCGAGAUGGUGAUGCGCGCCCUGGAGUGCGUCUACCACCUGGGCUGCUUCUGUUGCUGCGUCUGCGAGCGGCAGCUGUGCAAAGGCGAUGAGUUUGUGCUCAAGGACGGCCAGCUGCUGUGCAAGAGCGACUACGAGAAGGAGAAGGAGCUGCUCAGCUCCGUCAGCCCCGAAAACUCCGACUCGGAGAAGAGUGACGACGAGGACCUGGACGUGAAGCCGGAGAAGGGACCGGGGGGGCCAGGGCAAGGGGGCGAGGACAGCAAGGACCCGCGGCGUCCCAAGCGGCCGCGUACUAUCCUGACCACGCAGCAGAGACGUGCCUUCAAGGCGUCCUUCGAGGUGUCCUCCAAGCCGUGCCGUAAGGUGAGGGAGACCCUGGCAGCGGAGACGGGCCUGAGCGUGCGGGUGGUGCAGGUGUGGUUCCAGAACCAGAGGGCCAAGAUGAAGAAGUUGGCAAGGAGACAGCAGCAGCAGCAGGAACAGCAGAACACUCAGAGGCUCGGUCAAGAUGCAAUCUCCAGUCGCAUGGAGGGUAUGAUGGGGUCGUACACGCCACUGGCCCCCCCUCAGCAGCAGCUGGUGCCUAUGGACCAGAACAGCUACAGCACCGAUCCCUUCCAGCAGGGUCUCACCCCCCCACAAAUGCCCGGAGACCACAUGAACCCAUAUGGAAAUGACAUUUUCCACGACAUCGACAGCGAUACGUCUUUAACCAGCCUGAGCGACUGCUUCAUGGCAUCGUCUGAGGUCGGCUCCCUGCAGGCACGGGUGGGAAACCCCAUCGACCGGCUCUACUCCAUGCAGAGCUCCUACUUCGCCUCAUGAAAGCGACUGCGGGCAGAAUCGAUGAUGCAAGACUGUGGAGCCCAGUUUCGUUUCGAGACAAGAUGAGAGGAGAUCUAGGUCACACGGGGGAGGGUGACACGGAAGAACAAGCUCUUCUAUGGACUAACCAAAUGUUGGGAAAGCCCAAUGAGCUUCACUGCCUUUAAGAUACAUUUAAGAUACAUCGAGGAUGCGUGUCCAUUUGUAGAGAAGCACGCGUGGGGCACGGGUCCCGACAGAUACAUUUUUAUAGAAAUCUCUGUAAGAUAUUUGUAUAUCAUUCUCCAAAUGAGAUCUCCCUCCUUUUUUUUCAACUCCCUCACAGAGACGCAUAUUCCCAUAACCGGCAACGCAGAUUUCUGACUGGUCUUAUGAAUUCUGCUUCAUUCACACACAGUGCAUGACUCUGCCAUUAUUGUGUCACCCUUAAACUCAAAAAAAGAAAAAAAUGGUUAAAGGCUCAACUGUUGUGGAUUCUGGAAACACAUUCCCUAUUUUAUAUAACGUUUGCAUAAACAUUAGAUGAUUUCUAGUUUUAACCCUAAUGAUGUACGAUAUGAAAAAGACGAAUGAUACAAGGUAAAAAAAAAAAGAAUAAUCAAAUAAUUGUGGAGGUUAUGUAGUGUCAUUUCAGUGUAUAUAAUUGGAAAUGUUUCCAAAAUGCUAGAGCAUGUAGAAAAAAAAACGAAAAAACAAUGUUGUAUUUAUUUAAAUGAAACAUUCAUCAGACGGUACUUUAGAAAGUGAAAAGCUUUAUUUAAAAAGGAGAAAUUUUAAAUCUCUGUGUAAAGUAGUACAGUAAACUCAUAGAUAUAAUUCCCUUGUAUGUCAUUUUAUGGAAUUAUAAGAUUGAACUAGUUUUUUUCUUUUUGUUUUGUUGUUUCGACCAAGCUGUACAGGAGAAACUCUGCUAUUUAUUUGUUACAAGUUCAUUGACACCUUGUUGAGAGUGCAUUUCAAAUGCUGAAAUUCGCUAAUUUACCAAAGUUUGUUGGUACUACAAAUAAACUCUGAAACACUC